AUGGGAUUGUUUCUUGCAGAAAAAGAAGAGGAACUUAGACCAAACAGGAAGCACACAGUGCGUUGGGUAGAAAGUCGCGAAAAAGAAGUGGAAUCAGUGCAGGAAACAAAAGAUCAGCGGAAGCAAACAGAGAAGGAAUUUAAUCUUAUUUGGAACAUCCUUAAGCAAUCUUACCACAAAGCACAUCACCCAGGCAUCUCCCGCCAUUUCGAAAAUGAGAUUAGGGACUGUUAUCACCAUGGAACUGAACGAAGUGAUGACGAUGAUCUUCACGCUGCUGCUUUCUAUUUUCGAUUGCUUAGACAACAAGACAUGUUCAACAAGUUCAAGGACGUCAACAAUGCGAAAUUUAAGGAAUCACUCACGAAUGAUGUCGUGGGACUACUAAGCUUGUAUGAAGCUACACAUCUGAGGGUACACGGAGGGGAUAUACUAGAAGAGGCAUUAAGCUUUACCACCACUCAUCUCGAGUCAUGA